CCCGCCCUGGUGCGCCCUGCGCUCGCUCCCGCGGCUUCUUCCCUCUGCGUUUUCUCCAGCCAGCUAGCUCUUGCCCAGAGUUGCCAGCACGGGACGCGGUGUCCCCAGCACCCUGUACCCUUAAGGCUAUGGGGUGGAGAAGGCUCCUCCUGCUUCUGCCUCCCUUGCUGUGCAGCCUCGGGGAUUCAGGUGCUGAUGAAGCAAAAUGUAACAUGACAAGGCAAGCUGCAUGUGAAGAGAAAUGCAUUCCUGUGACCUGGUUGUGCAAUGGGGAGCAAGAGUGCCCUGAUGGAGCUGACGAACAGUGUGAAGAAAUGUGUCGUGGACAUCCACAGGCCUGGCCAUGUGACAAUGGGAAGUGUAUUGCUCUCAGCUGGCUAUGUGAUGGUGUCGGUGACUGUUUAGAUGGUUCUGAUGAGGUGGACUGCGAGACACUGACAGCUUGUCCUGACCAAAAAGUUCGCUGUUCAGGAAAUUCUCAGUGUCAUGAUGCAUGGGAACUCUGUGAUGACCUUGAGGGCUGUGAAGAUGGGUUUGACAAAGCACAUUGUCCCCAGACCCAGUGUCUGGCUGGGCAGUGGCAGUGCAAGAACAAGGUGUGCAUCAUGGAUGGCUGGAAGUGUGACGGUAUUGACCACUGUGGUGAUGCCUCAGAUGAGGAGAUCUGUGCUUCCUGUCCAGAAGGCAUGUUUGGAUGUGAUGAAAGGAAAUGCAUCCCACAGUCCCUGAUGUGUAACAAGGAAGCAGAUUGCACAGAUGGUACUGAUGAACCAACAACAUGUGGUAAAAACUGCUCAGUGGUCAAUGGAGGCUGUGAGGGACAGUGCAGUGAUACUAACUGGGGUGUCCGAUGUUCCUGUGGGCCUGGCUGGGAAUUACAGUCGGAUGGCCAGAGCUGUGGAGAUGUAGAUGAGUGCUCUAUGGCAUAUAGUCCUUGUGGCCAACUGUGUCUUAAUACACCAGGCUCUUACUCCUGUUCAUGUAUUCAAGGUCACCUGCUCUACAAUGGAACUGACUGUCAAGUGUCAGGUGAUGCUGUUAAAAUUCUUAUAGCAAUGGAUCAAGAACUUGGUGUCCUGGAUCGCAACACAGGCAUCUGUGAGACUCUGAUAUCUAUAAAAUUGAGACCCACUUCUAUUGCAUAUGAUCUUGAGAGGGGCAUAUACUUUUGGGUAGAUGAAGUCUUAAAUAUGUUUGUCCUUGGGAAGCCAAGCCCUCGUCCCCUCUACCCAGAACUUAAAACAGUAAACAGUAUCUCUUUGGACUGGUUUACGGGACAGUUGUAUUGGGCUAGCAGCUCUGCAAGGGUCAUCUGUGCUGGCUUAAGUGAUGGCAGAGGCUAUGUCAAAAUCUUGGAAAAGGAUCUUGUGCCAGAGCAGCUAAUAGUGUUUCCUGCAAAGAAGUACUUAUACUGGGUGAAUCAAGGUGAAAGAGGUGUGAGGACUAUUGAAACUGCAGGGAUGGAUGGAUCUGACAGGAAAGUGCUUGUAGUUGUAACCAUGGAGGAACCUGUAGGAUUGACACUUAACUAUGUGACUGGAAGGCUUUACUGGAUCAGUAAAUAUAAAGAGUCCAUAGAGACAGUAAAGGUGGAUGGCAGUGGGAGACACACCUUCCCCAAGAUCUUGGAAGAUGAAGAUCCAAUAGGACUAGCUGUCUUCGAGAAUUCUUUCUUCUGGGCAAACAAACAACAGCUUUUUCAUACUUCACCCCAUACCCCAAAGGAGAGGGUGGUGAUACUUAAUGCCUCUAUAUCUGCUUUUUCAGUUCUCCACAAAUUCCAACAAAAUAAGAACAGGUACCCAGUGUGUGUUCCAGGCUCUUGUAGCCACUUAUGUCUCCUGUCUCCUGUCCAUCACAAGGGCUAUAAAUGUGUCUGUCCAGAAGGAAUGCUUCUUUUACCUUCUGGUACAUGCAGUGAGCUAAAACUUGUAUUUUCUUCGGGAAAACGGCUCUACUUGCUGAAAAUCGGCUUUAUGGGAACUUCUAUAGAGAGAACUUUAGUUCAAGAGCAUCCUUGGAACAUGUACUUACUGGAUAUUGACUGGAAAAGAAAGCUCAUCUACUGGACAAAUGCUCAGGGACAUCUGUUCUGUUCAGCUGGCUACAAAGGGAAAAAGCAAGAGAUUUGGACAGAACCUGCAGUCUGCUCAGGAAGUGUGGACAUAUCAACUGGGAAUUUGUAUUGGCUUCCCUGUGACAGAAGUGCUAUUCAGAAGACUAAAAUGACUGGUCCCCACACCCACAGCCUCUACAGAACAGACAGCAUCAUACUACAUCUUCUUCUCGAUUGGCCAAAGAGGAUGCUCUACUGGGUAGAAAGUGGAAAACAUCUGCAAAGUAUGACUCUUGAUGGCAAGGACAGGCGAGAAGUCUGGAGAGGCACAUGGACAGCUGACACCCACAUGACCUUAGACCUCAGUUCCUCUAGCAUCCUCUGGACUACCAAAGGGUUAGGGUUGCAAAGUCUGAGUAUUCUAAAAAACAGAACAUAUACUUUGAACAAGACCUGGAGUGAUGGCAUGAUAGCAGCCCAUGAGCCCUACCUGGCAACGGUGAACAGAGCAGCCCUUGUUCUGUGGAACAGGAAAAUGAUGGUGCCCCUGUCAGUGUCCAGAGAGCCCUUUAUAAGGAAGAUGAUCAUCUUGGCGGAGAACCAGCUGGCUCCAGAUCCUGAGAUGGAAGGAGAAGCCAUGUUCACUCCACCUACUCAUCCUCCAUCACCCCCUUUACUUUGCAUCCGAUCCUCUAUCCCCUGUCGGAAUGGGAAGGAAUGUAUUACCAGGGAGGAUCUCUGUGAUGGUGAGCAGGACUGUCAGGAUGGCUCAGAUGAAGAGAACUGUUCCCAGUUCUGCAACAAACCAGGGGUCUUCCAGUGUCUGGAUGGAAACAAAUGCAUUGAGGAGAAAUAUCACUGUGAUGGGACUCAGCAGUGCCUGGAUGGGUCUGAUGAGUUGGACUGUUGGAAGCCCAUGGAAGAUUGUUCUCUUCACUGUGACAAUAAGACUCGCUGUAUUCCUAAGGCCUGGUUAUGUGAUGGCAAUCCAGACUGUUCUGACAAGAAAGAUGAACAAGGAUGUAUUCACAAGAAAUGCAGCAUAUCUGAAUUUAGAUGUUGGAAUGGCCAAUGUAUAUCUUAUUCUCUGCACUGUGAUGGGAACCGAGACUGUCUGGACCAUUCAGAUGAAGAAGGCUGUGCAGUGAACUGGUCUCUGCGAUGCUCAGCAGGGGAAGUGAAAUGCCCCAGGAGUGGAGAGUGUGUGUUAGCAGAGUGGAUAUGCGAUCAUGACUUAGACUGCAAAGAUGGAACUGAUGAGAAGGACUGUGAUCUUGAGGAACAACCCUGCAGCUCAAGGCAGUGGUCCUGUACCAGUGGAGACCAGUGUGUGCCUGACUCCUGGCGCUGUGAUGGGCAGCGUGACUGCAGAGAUGGCAGUGAUGAGGCUGGAUGUCCUUCCUCAAAGUGCUGGAGUUCCGAAUUCCAGUGUGGCUCUUCUGCCUGUCUUAACAUCAGCCUGGUGUGUGAUGGGACUAAGGACUGUGAAGAUGGCACAGAUGAAGGAGGAGAGUGCUCGUUGCCAUGCAUCCAAGGGAGGUGUUCUCACACCUGCUACCCAACUCCACAUGGACCUGAAUGUGCUUGCAAGCAAGGCUUUGAGCUGGAGAUUGGUGGCCAGAGUUGCAUGGAUGUAGAUGAGUGCCUGGAAUCAGGGAGUCAGCGGUGCAGUCAGACCUGCAUCAACACUGUGGGCUCCUACAGCUGUACCUGUCGUCCUGGUUACUUACUAGAACCUGAUGGACACACCUGUAAAGCAGCAGGUACUGAGCCAAUCCUGCUCGUGGCAAUUCGGUUUAACCUGCUCCUCUAUGGACUGAGGAGCUUGAAAGAAGAUAUUCUGGAAACUACAGACAAGAACCUAAUUAUUAUCUCUAUUGACUAUGAUUUAGUGGAUCAGAAAGUCUUCUGGACAGAUCUCAAUGCAGAAAGUAUUCAGUGGAUAAGUAUGCACACCAAGAAGAAAGGGAUAGUGGUGAAAGGGAUAAAGUCAAACUGUAUAGCAGUUGACUGGAUUGGGAGAAAUCUCUACUGGGUUGAUGGGACAGAUGGCCAGAUCUUGGUGAUUCAGUUGACUGCUACUUGGAGCGGAAAACCUGAGUACACAGUUGUCUUCAAUGAUGACUUGAAUCAACCACAGUCCUUGGCACUAGAUCCCCUAAAUGGGUUAAUGUACUGGUCUGAAAUUGGAAGUGAACCUCAAAUAGAACAAGCUGGAAUGGAUGGUAGCAGCAGAAAAAUACUCAUCAGUCAAGGUCUUGGAUGGCCAACUAGUAUAACUCUUGACCAGUCAAGUUGGAAGAUAUACUGGUCUGAUGACAAAUUUCACUGUAUUGGCUCUGCUAACCUAGAUGGUACUGGUAUUAGUACAUUGCAGCUAACACGAAUUAAGAGUCCCUUUUCAGUUGCUGUGUUUGAAGAUGAUGUUUUCUGGUCUGAAACGAAGACAAGGACCAUACAACACAUGAGGAAGGCCACAGGAAAGGGCAGGACUGUCCUCAUCAAGCGUUUUGAACAGCCUUAUGGAUUCAAGAUAAUGCAUGAAGUGCUACAGCCUAGGUCUCUUAAUCCUUGUCUGGACACUGGGUGUUCUCACUUGUGCCUUCUGAGCCCACAAUCCAAGGGAAGCUGUUAUUGCCCAGUUGGAUUUCUGCUUGCAGAUGACGGCGUCAGCUGUGUUUCUCCCCAAGAGUCUGCAUAUCUAUUCCUUGUAUUCCCUACAGUUAUUGCACAGAUAUAUCUGAAGAAUCUAGGAGCUUUACCAGGACAAGAAGCAUUACCAGAACAUAGAAUACUUCCCUUUACCAAUGUGAACCAGCUUGCAUCAGUGGACUAUCUUAUCCAGGAAAAGGCUCUCUACCUUUCAGAGUUGAAUACUGGUGCUAUCAGGUUACUGAGUCUCAAAGAAUCUGGAAAGCUUUCAUGGAGGAAAAUCUUAUCUGUAGAGGGGAAAGUGAUUGACCUUGCGGUGGACUGGUUGAGUGGAAACUUAUAUUGGAUUGACAGUGAGAAUCCUCAUAUCAAGGUAGCUUCUUCAAAAGGACAGUCUUCCAUUGUCUUGCUCCAUGAAAAUCUCUACUACCCAACCUCUGUUGUGCUGUACCCACCAACUGCAGUCAUGUGCUUUGUGGACCUGGAUUCCCAAAAUGAUGGCAGUCCUGGCUCUAGUAUUGAGUGCGCUUCUAUGGAUGGCAGCAGGAGAAAGGGGCUGUGGCAAAAAUCCCAGCUUCCUGUGGGACUGGCAUUUUCAGAUACAGGGACCCAAAUAUACUGGGCUGAUACUGGGAGAGGACUGAUAGAAAGUAUUUAUCUAGAUGGCUCUGGAUACAGAGUAGAGCGCAGAGGAAUUCAGGGUCUUAACCUCUUUACAUUUGGUCAUGGCAUGAUGUACUGGACCACAACUGGUGACACCCAAGUCACUAAAGUUUGGUACAGCAAGGCAGAACUUUCAGAAAACUGGUGGUUUCAAAUAGACCAGAAGAUUGUGGAUUUGAAAUUUUAUAGUUAUCUUCAACAGCAAGGUACUAACGGCUGUUCAAAAGACAAUGGAGGAUGUAGCCAUGUCUGUUUACCAAACCCUGAAGGACAAAUUUGUAAAUGCCCUAGUGGAUACUACUUGGAUCAUAAAAACAAGUGCAUUAACGUUGUCCAGUGUUCUGUGCCUUCAAAAUCCUGUGGGGAUGGUCAGACAUGCAUCUCCAUGGAGCAAAUAUGUGAUGGCCAUGCUGACUGUCUGGAUGGAUCUGAUGAGAAUGACUGUACUUACUCAGACACAGGAUAUCAAACACCAAAGCCUAGCAAGCCAUCAGUUGGAAAAAGGGUGACUUCAAAAACCAUCCUACCCCUCCAGGCUGCUAAGUCUAACAAGGCUCAAUAUCUGGUUCCAGAAGACAUGAGUUAUCCUGUAAAAAUAACACUGACUCCACUGACUUCUGCCAGAGAAAGCAGGACCCCAGAAACCAAGGGAAGAGAAGCAUCUGCUCACCUCAAAGAGGCACAAGUCACAAAAUAUUUGCCCUGUAGCAGUGAUUUCUGUAAUGGGAGGGGCAUUUGUACAAUAGAAGGAGAACUGAGAAUAUGCCAUUGUCAAAAAGAAUAUGGUGGAAAGUUCUGUGAGGAAGCAGCCCAUUCACCAACCCUUGCCUACAGAGCCCUCAGCUUAACCAUAGCCUUAUCAGUUAUUCUGGUGGCUCUGGGAACAUUUGUUUAUCUCAGAAGAGGACAUGAAUUACGAAGGUGGGUACCUACUAGUGCUAUGUGGAUUUUAGUCUAUAGAAAACUCAUGAAGGAAGAUUAA